AUGGACAUCGUCGAACUCCCGCGGGACCUCUUCCUCUUGGUGGUGGCGCACCUGUCUGCGCGCAAUGUCGUGCGCUGCCGGCGAGUCUCACGGAGUUGGCAUGGCGCCUUUACGGAUCCGGACCUGAAUCUUCAGCUUAUGAAGUGGCAUUUCCCGCGAUGUCGUGAGAUGCGUGUGGCGUACGUGACCGGCGCACUGGGAGGGCCCGGGUCUGCCGAGUCUGAGGAAGUACACGACACCGAGGACGAGGCGGGCCAUCGACGGCAAACACAAAAUGGGGUAUUCGGUGAGGGUGCAAAUAUCUCUGGAUGCCUAGACUGGACCGCAACUUUUGCCAACGUGGCUAGGAGAUACCACCACCUCCGGACAGCCACGGCCCGGUCCAUCGAUACGAUCAAGCUCGGGUCCACAGAGCAGGGGCCGUCGAGGAUGUUCUAUCCGGUGGCUAUCUGGGACCGCUUCCUCCGGCUGGACGACAAGACAGCGCCGUUCCACUACCGGGACCCGGCCUGGUCAUACAGCCAAGAAGACGGACUGCUGGUGUACCAUGCUGCCUCGCAAGAGGACGACCCCAACGUGGACCAGCAGAGCGCGUCCUGUCCGUGGCGCCUGCUCGACCUCGAGACUGGCCAGGAGGUGGCUGUACCCUUUCCGCAGGGCGAGGAUCGCAUCGUCCGGCGCGUGCGGCUCAGCGACCGGGUCUUGGUCCUGGAGUGGUGCGAGCGGGAGGCGUACCACCAGCUCAACGACCGCGAGGAAUGCCACCGCCAUUUCGUCACUGCGUUCGACGUCGUGCGGGCAAGGAACGCUGCACCUGGUGAUAGGACUUGCAAUGGAGGACAGACGGCGGUCAGCGAGACCUGGGCCGUCAAGUUCCGGUCACAAUUCAAAACGCACUUCCUCGGCUUCCCACUCAACCGCCACGACCGCUUCUUCUCAACGCACACAAGCACCCACUACGCCGUCUACGUGUGGCAGCCGAACCGCUCGCUGUACAACGACGACCCGAUCGAGAGCGUCAUCGUCUGGGACAUCUCGGAGCCGGACCGGCCGCGGACCAUCCGGCGCAUCACGUGGGACACGCUCGCCUUCUACGGCGUGCGCCAGGGCUCGACGCCGACGCUGCGCUCCCUGGGCAUGGACGCGCGCAACCUAUACAUCGCCGAGGAGGAGCACCGCUGGGCCGAGGGCGGCCACAGCAGCCUCGUCCCCCCGCGGGUGCACCUGGUCCGCAGCACGGGCAUCCCCAUCGUGCCUGGGCCCGGGAGCACCAAGCAAGGGCAAGCCGGCGGCGGCGCGGACGGCGACGCCGAGGUCGUCGUCCAGGGCCCGCGCUGGGUCGACCAGUGCGGCACCAACACGGACGUCAACAUGCCGUUCUGCAUGCGCACGAACGGGGCGCGCCUCGGCGGCGCGGCCGCGCUGCAGCAGCACUACACGCCAUACGAGGGAAGCAGGGAGGGCACCACCGCCAAGGGGGAGUGGAACGGCAGCGCCGCACAUUCCGCGGCGUCGGCGUCGACUGGCGGCGGAAGCGGGCCUCGGGGCCUCGCCGCAGAGAUCGAGUCCGGCAUCGCGGCGCCAACGUCCCGCUGGCCCGGGUGGGCGCCCUGCUGGCGGCACGAGGACUUCCCCUACCUGAGCGUCGACGAGGUGGUGGACUUCCGCGCCGGGGUGCGCAUCGCGGCGCGGCACUGCUUCAUGCUCGAGACGCUGAGCGUGCACGUGCGGCCGUCGAUCAGCGUGGUGGAGCUCGGCGGCGGCGGCGGCGGCGGGGAUCCCGGCCCGGACGAGGGCGGGCCGAGCGCUGACGGCGGUGCUGCCCUGCCUGGUGAUGCCGAUACCUCGUCGAUAGCUAGGAUAGUGAGGCUGGAGGGGAACCUGAGGAUGGGAGUAGCUAGGAGGAAGCAGAAGAUGCGUAGGGCCAAGCUGGGGAUCGGAGCGGGCUCUGCUGGGAAUGGGGGUGAUGAUGACGAUGACGAGGGAAUCCAUGAGGAGGUGCAGUUUGCGGACGAGAUGUGGGAGAAGUUGCUUGGGAAGGGCCGCAUCUGCGGUGAUGAGAGGUGGUUGAUUGGUGAGGAUGGGAAAGGGACGCUUUCUGUGGUCCGCUUCUGA